UUUUCCUUUUCCGACUUCUUUUGAAAAGAAUCAAAUGACGACGUGAGACGACGUGAGACGGCGACAUUUUGUGCAGACCCAACGCCAUUGACGACGGAAAAGGGCAACCAGUCGAGAGACACGCAGCGAACCAGACACGCGUUUAUUUGUUGUUCUUAUUUCAAGCUUCUAGGAACAUAGCGCCUCCCCUAUCGUCAACCACAAUUACACAAUGGCCUCCCGAAGCUCAGCCCGCCUCUUGCAGGCGCUUCAGCCGGUCGUGCCGCGCCGCGCCGCGCCCCUUCGGACAACCCUGCGUCUCUACUCAUCCGACGCCGCGCCAACCCAACCCCAGCUCCUAGCCACCCUCAAGAGCGACCUCAAGACGGCCAUGCGCGCAAAGGACGCGGCCCGUCUCUCCGUCCUCCGGUCCGUCCUCUCCGCCACCAACAACGCGGCCAAGACCAGCUCUCCCAUCGCCACCGACGCCCAGCUCGUCGCCCUCCUGCGCAAGACCCAGCGCGCUACCCAGGACGCCGCCGCUCAGUUCCGCGCCGCUGGCCGCGACGACCUCGCCGACAAGGAGGAUCUCCAGGCCAAGGUCAUGGCUGAGUACAUCGCCACCAGCGGCGUCGUCGCCGUCACUGAGGCCGACAUCCGCGUGCUCAUCGGGAAGGCCGUCGAAGACGUCGCCGCCGCCGGAAAGAGCGGCCUGGGCGAGGUCAUGAAGCUCAUCAACGUUGCCAUUCAGGGCAAGGACCUUGAGGUCGACAAGAAGCGUGUCGCGGACCUGGUCAAGGAGGCCCUGAAGAAGGAAUAAGCGGAACGGACGCCCCCCCCUUGAAGACUUGGCUACUGUACAAACUUGUACCAUCAACACUGUUUAAUAUCUGUAUACCACCAAAAACCGACGCCCGGCGCGAGAGGCGCUUUGGGGGAGGAACCCUCCGUCGUAUGGGUAGAUGUACGGAUACAUGUAUAUCUAUACCCAUGUCUCCCACAUUCUCUCUCACGGCACAACUCAAAGGACAUGACAUCAUCCUGUUCAUUGCU